AUGACAAACUUCGCCUUCCGCAACAUCGCCGCUGGCCUCGUUCUCCUUUCCGCCAUCCUCAUUAUCUCUGAACAGGGUUUAAAAAUCUGUCGAGGUCCCUCUCAACGUCUGGAUAUGACAACCAACGAACUUGCUGGAGGCCCACUGGCGUCUUGGGUUGCAACGCGGCUGAAGGCGUUAUACGAAGUCCCUGCUCCAGCUUCGCACAACCACCAAGAUGUUUACGCGGAGACGUUCUCAUCGACGGCAUCUAUCAUUUUAAAUCAUAAAAAUGUAACUAUGGACGCCUUCAAGAAGGAACUCGAAGACGCCAGUUCUGCGAUAAAGGGGGCGAGCGUGGACUGGAAAGAGUUGGUGGAGACACCUUCAGAUGAUUCAUCGGGUGGAAUUGUGGCAGGAUUUUUCGUUGUGACAAGGUCUAUGAAAUUCAGAAUACGAGCAGGGCCUGCUCAGAGGCUCAGUUACAACGUCUUCAGCGCCAAAGUUGCAACAGAUGGUCAAGCUCCAGGUUCUGAUUCGGGGGAAGGGUGUCGCCAAAUCACUGAGCUUUUCAUCACGCAUGUUGAUAAAGCAGCCCCGAUCCACCUACAUGCCAUCGAUGCCGGAAUUUCUGCUACCGCUACGUGA